AUGUCCACACGCGUCCCGCAGGCCAUACAACGCCAUGGCGGCCCUGCAGCAGCUGCUGCUGGUGCUGCCGGCGCUGCGGCACGCGGACGUGGCGGUGCGGCGCUUCUGGGCCGGCGUGCACCGCGACCGGCGCGCGCCCAUGAACAAGCUGUUCGUGGAGAUGCUGGAGGCGUGUCUGCGGUAGGUGAGCUGCCGCGGCCUGCUCGGUGGGACUCGACUGGUGCAGAGUACGAUCGGGUACACGUUGCGGUGGACCUGAGCCGCGUCGGUCGGCAGGCGAGCGACCGAGGCCGCGAGGCGCAGCCGCCGUUCGGGAAUAUCGUUCUUCUGUCUUUUUUGUUUCUUCACCCUGCGGCGGGCGACCCCGCGCCCUGA